AUGGCUUGCUAUUGGGAUUCCAGCAUCACUCUUGUGUUGCACUAUUACAAGAGAUUGGUGCAUCCUAUCAAAUCAAGUGGAGGGCACAGCGUGAGACUGGUUUCACAGAGCAGCGACCACCUCCCUCUCCCAACGGUGGAGGGAUUGCAGGCUACUUUCUCCACAACCCCAAAUGGUCGGGUGAGCCUAGCCUGCCUGGACC